GAACCAGACAACAAAAUAUUAGCAGCAGAGCAAUUUUAUUUUGCAAUUCAUUCUAUCUAUCUGUCUGCCUAUCUGUCUGUCUAUCUAUCUAUCCUGAUACACAUCUAUCAGUCUGUCUAUCCAUCCAUCCUUUGAAAAGAUGAUGCUCAAUUCAGACCAGACGGAAAUCGACAUGCCCCCGUCUCACUCCGAGACAGAGUCAGUUUUUAGUGACUGUGGUGGGGGCGGUGGCCGUGGGGCCGGAGUGGAGGAGGCCGGCAGCAUCGGCUUGUGUGCCCAGUCCCGGCUAGCUGAGCCGGGUGAGGCUCUGAAAAAGGACCUGCAGCACUUGACCCGAGAGGAACGUCGGCGUCGGCGGCGUGCCACGGCUAAGUACCGGACAGCCCAUGCCACGCGGGAGCGCAUCCGCGUCGAGGCUUUCAACAUGGCCUUCGCCGAGCUGCGCAAGCUGCUGCCUACCCUGCCCCCUGACAAGAAGCUUUCCAAGAUCGAGAUCCUCAGGCUGGCCAUCUGCUACAUCUCUUACCUGAACCACGUGCUGGACGUUUGAGCCACCGAGCCCACAUCCGUCUGACCAUCUGUCUGCUACAUCUCCUGCCUGAACCACGUGCUGGACGUCUGAGCCACCGAGCCCACAUCCGUCUGUCCAUCUGUCUGCUACAUCACCUACCUGAACCACGUGCUGGACGUCUGAGCCACCGAGCCCACAUCCGUCUGUCCAUCUGUCUGCUACACCUCUGGCCUGAACCACGUGCUGGACGUCUGAGCCACCGAGCCUACGUCAGUCUGUCCAUCUGUCUGCUACAUCUCCUGCCUGAACCACGUGCUGGACGUCUGAGCCACCGAGCACACGUCAGUCUGUCCAUCUGUCUGCUACAUCUCCUGCCUGAACCACGUGCUGGAUGUCUGAGCCACCGAGCCCACAUCCGUCUGUCCAUCUGUCUGCUACAUCUCCUGCCUGAACCACGUGCUGGACGUCUGAGCCACCGAGCCCACAUCCGUCUGUCCAUCUGU